AAAAAAAUGCAAACAAACAAACAACAAAAUCCACCUGGUCCUCUGCUCAAGGUGCUGCGGACGCAGCCUCAUUUUCCUAGCAAAGGACUUCCUCCUGCAGGGGGAAUCCCUGGCUGGGAGGAGCAGGGCCCUUCCUCUUGGCGGCCUCAGGAUGGUCAGCAGUUGAGCAGGUGCUGCUGGCACAGGCCUGGCUAGGGGAUGGGAUGGGAGUUAGCUUGGCAAGGGGCUCAGAGCCAUAGGAGGGACGCCGGUGGGCCAGCUGCAUGGGCGUGGGGAGGAGUGCUGUACCACUGAGGGGCUUGGCGCUUUUGUCUUUUCUCUUUGUCCAGAGAACCUUAUGUAAGAACUCUUCUUGGGAAACAGGAAGUCCAGCUUGCCAAGUUCAGCACAGGGAGUAGUGCAGGCCUGGUUCCAACACACCCGGCCCAGCCUUAACCCCAGCACCCUGCCAGUUUCUUGUCCCUGGUUCUCCUCCCUGCUGGCCCCAAACCCCUUUUUUUCAUCUCCAGUCACCCCUAACAAACCUCUUCAAAGAUCUCAUUCAUGCCUCUGAGUCAGAGAGGCUACCACACUCACCUUCUAAACCUCAUGCUGCCCAGCUUCUGCCCAUUCCCUACUCCUGGCACCAUGCCCCAUAACCAACCGACCUUCCCUCCUCCAACUUAGGGGCCGCCUCCGGCUCCUGAAUGCUGGCCGCUCCUUCUGGGUGUCACGGCUGCCCUGUCCUUCCUAGAUAAUGGCACCAAAUUCUCCUGAGGUUAGGGGGGGAGGGGUGUCAGAGUGAUACUAGCUCUACCCUGGGGACCAGGGGUACUAAUAGUACCCUAGCUUGAUUUCUUCCUAUUCUCAAGUUCCUUUUUAUUUCUCCCUUGCGUAACUUGCUCUUCCCUUCUGUGCCUCUGCCUGUAUUCCCACCCUCCCUGUUACCUCCUGGUCACCUCACUUCAGAGACCACAGCUGUUGGUAGGGGGUUCCUAGCUCAUGCCAGCCUCAUCUCCAGGCAACAUGGGGGGCUCAGUCAGAGAGCCAGCCCUUUCGGUUGCUCUUUGGUUGAGUUGGGGGGCGGUUCUGGGGGCUGUGACUUGUGCUGUCGCACUACUGAUCCAACAAACAGAGCUGCAAAGCCUAAGAAGGGAGGUGAGCCGGCUGCAGCGGAGUGGCGGACCUUCCCAGAAGCGGGGAGAGUCUCCAUGGCAGAGCCUCUGGGAACAGAGUCCUGAUGUCCUGGAAACCUGGAAGGAUGGGGUGAAAUCUCGGAGAAGGAGAGCAGUACUCACCCAGAAGCACAAGAAGAAGCACUCGGUCCUGCAUCUUGUUCCAAUUAACUUUACCUCCAAGGCAGACUCUGAUGUGACAGAGGUGAUGUGGCAACCAGCACUUAGGCGUGGGAGAGGCCUGGAGGCCCAAGGAGACGCUGUCCGAAUCCGGGACACUGGGAUCUAUCUGCUGUAUAGCCAGAUCCUGUUUCAUGAUGUGACUUUCACGAUGGGUCAGGUGGUAUCUCGGGAGGGCCAAGGGAGAAGAGAAACUCUAUUUCGAUGUAUCAGAAGUAUGCCUUCUGAUCCUGACCGUGCCUACAAUAGCUGCUACAGUGCAGGUGUCUUUCAUUUACAUCAAGGGGAUAUUAUCACUGUCAAAAUUCCACGGGCAAACGCAAAACUUAGCCUUUCUCCGCAUGGAACAUUCCUGGGGUUUGUGAAACUAUAACUGUGUUAUAAAGAGGGGGUUUCCCAUUCCAAGAACUGGCUAGACAAAGGACAAGCAAAUGGUCAAGAUCCGCUCUCCUUGGCUUUGACGUCUUGACUGUUGUUCCUCCCUUUGCCUUUCCCACUCCCACUAUCUGGGCUUUGACUCCAUAGAUAUUAAAAAAGUAGAAUAUUUUGUGUUUAUCUCCCACACAGCCCCAAAUUCUUUUGUUGUGUGUGUUAAGGGGUUUUUGCGCACUGUGCCAAGCCUUGUCCACUGGAAUGCAUCCAGAACAGCAUCGCCACCUAGCGGCAGGUUGAGGAAAGAACACAGUCUCUGCUAGGGAAAAUCUGUCCAACUGUUCAAAUACCCCCUGCUUCAAUUUACAAGAAGCCCGGCUUUCAGUAUUUCACUAUUGCGUCCAAAUUCUUACUACCUAGAAAAAAAAAUGUAUUUUAGGUGCCUCGACAUGCAUUGCAUUCAUGCUCCCCAUACCCCUAGUAAACAUCCGAGCUGGGCAUUGUGCUUUUUUACGUCUUUAAUCCCAGUACUUGGGAGGAAGAUCUUGAUGAGCUCGAGGCCAACUGGUCUAAACAGUGAGUUCCAGGCCAUCCAUGUGUUACAAUGGUUGAGACCCUGUCUCAAACAAACUAACAAACAAAUAAACAAAAGCCUCUCCAA